AUGCCUCUGCUCCUUGAUACCUCUUAUCGUCGAUUCCGUCUCCAUUCCGUCUCUUCUCCCUUUACUCAUUCCGUCGACGUUCCGUCUCCUCUCUCCCCUUACUCGUUCCAUCUUCAUUCCGUCUCCUCUCUUCCGUACUCAUUCCGCCUUUCCCCUCUCCCUUCUCCCCCUCUCUCCCCCCACUCCUCUCACCCACCGUUUCCCUCCCGCCUACUGAUCGCGCCGGACGCUCCUCCCUCCGAGUUUGAAACGUCUCAUAAGUUUCCGCUCCCCCCCCCCCCCCCCAUACAGCCUCGAGCUCGCCUGUUUGUGCUGGUGGUGCAGCGGCUGGUGGUGACGUCAGCAGCAGCAGUGCAAACGGCAGCUGUUCCAGCGUGGACAGCAGCGGGCGGGUCGCGCUUUAAGCGCGCGUACUGGCAUGCAUGCACCAACGUGGAACGCUUACUCAAGGUGUGUCGGCGGGUGGGUCUGAGGGACGUACCGCUCUUCACCUCGACGGACCUCGUGGAUGGCAGGGACGCUCAGCGUGUGUCGGCGGGUGGGUCUGAGGGACGUAUCGCUCUUCACCUCGCCGGACCUCGUGGAUGGCAGGGACGUUCGCGCGUUGUGCCUGCGCACGCCUGCCUCGUGGAUGGCAGGGGCAUUCGGGACUUCGACGGCAUUAUGGUGACCGCCUCUUCUGCUGCUCGCCAGAGACUCAUCUCCUCCUCUUCUUUCACCUCCUCCUUCUGA